AUGAGGAGCCCGCGCGAGCUCGCGGACCGCUCUAAAUACUGCCGUUUUCACCGACAGCCCGGUCACGACACCGAGCAGUGUCGAGAGUUAAAAAGGCAAAUUGAGGAGCUCAUCCGCCGAGGGCACCUCGGCCCAUACCUCCGGCCAGAUAAGGAGCUCUCGCCACGCCCGGAGGGUCCCAUCGAGCGACACAUAGACGUCAUAACCGGCGGACCCGCGUCCGGAGGGAGCUCCGUGACGGGCGGGAAGGCAUACGCCAGGGCCUCCCUGGCCGAAGCUUCCAAGUAUGAAAAAGGGCCCGAAGUCACUUUCCCGACCGGGGGACCUGAGCUAGCCGAACAUGAUGACGCGCUGGUGAUAUCAGCCAGAAUCGCCAACGCGCAAGUAAGAAGGAUCAUGGUCGACACUGGGAGUUCGGCCGACAUACUUUAUUGGGAUACCUUCCAGAAGCUCGGCCUGGUCAGAGAGAACAUGAAGCCGGUAUGCUCGACGCUCACGGGGUUUACCGGUGCCUCAAUCUCGUCACUAGGGGCUGUCACCCUGCCCCUAACUUUGGGAGUUUUCCCUAAGACCAAAACAGUGAUGACUUCCUUUCUGGUGGUCGACCUCCCCACGGCAUACAACGCCAUCCUCGGACGACCAACCCUCAACAAGACCCGAGCUGUCAUCUCAACUUACUACCAAACCAUCAAAUUCCCGACCCACGAUGGGGUCGGGGAAGUAGCAGGAAACUCCUGGGAGUCCAGGCGCUGCUACUUGACUGCCAUAACGCUGAACAAAAAAGCAAGGGUCCAAUCCCCGCUGGAGGACCCCCGGGAGGGAAAAAAGCCGACUCCCCGCCCCGAACCGAGGGAAUCCACCAUCGACCUGCCACUAAUCAAAGACAGGCCCGAUCAAACGAUCAAAAUCGGGUCGGGGCUGCCCGAACUGGAGCAACAGCAGCUCGUCGGCCUUCUGCAAGCCAACGCCGACAUCUUCGCUUGGACGCCAUCAGACCUAGUAGGAGUCCACCCAGAAGUCGCGCUGUACCACCUAAACAUUUCGUCCGACGCUCGCCCGAUGAAACAAAGGCCCAGGCGGCAGGCCCCAGAUCGGCAACUUGCCAUCCGAGAAGAGGUAAACCGACUUCUGGCGGCCGGUUUCAUAGAAGAAGCCAGGUACCCGCAAUGGCUCUCCAAUGUAAUCCUCGUCAAAAAGCCUAAUGGAAGCUGGCGAAUGUGCAUCGACUACACCAGUCUCAAUAAUGCAUGUCCAAAAGACUGCUACCCCCUACCGAAGAUCGACCAGCUAGUCGACGCCACAGUCGGCCACGCCCGUCUCUCGUUUAUGGAUGCCUUCUCGGGGUACAACCAAAUCAGGAUGGCACCCGAAGACCAAGAACACACAGCCUUCCUCACCGAGCAAGGGGUAUACUUUUACGAAGUCAUGUCGUUCGGGCUGAAAAAUGCCGGGGCCACGUACCAGAGGACGAUGAACAGAAUGUUCGCCCAUCAGAUUGGACGAAACAUGGAGAUAUACGUCGACGACAUGAUCGUAAAGAGCCGAACAGCGGAGGCUCAUUCUUCCGACCUGGCUGAAACAUUUGACACCCUACGAAGGUUCGGCCUGCGCCUCAACCCUGCCAAGUGCGCCUUCGGCGUAACCUCGGGAAAAUUCCUCGGAUUCAUCAUACACGAGAGAGGGAUUGACGCCAACCCGGAAAAGGUCCAGGCUAUCAUUGACAUGCAGCCUCCUCGGACGGUUAAAGACUUGCAACGCCUUAACGGGAGGCUAGUCGCCUUGUCACGCUUCCUUUCCCGAUCGGGAGAUCGCUGCCUCCCCUUCUUCAAGGCCCUGAAGGAUCCAAAAAGCUUCCAAUGGACGACGGAAUGUGAAAGGGCCUUCGAACAGAUGAAGCAACACCUGGCCAACCUCCCCCGACUCGCUUCGGUCUCCCCAGGGGAGAAAUUGGGUCUCUACCUCGUCGCCUCUCGACACGCGGUCAGUUCGGUUCUGGUCAAUGGAAACUCCAGCGACCAACUGUCGGUCUACUAUGUCAGCCACAUGCUGAGCGGGCCAGAGGGACGCUACCCGCCGAUUGAAAAGCUAGCGCUGGCGCUCGUGCUAUCGGCACGAAAGCUCCGCCCUUAUUUCCAGGCCCACCCGAUAGAGGUAAUAACUGACCAGCCACUUCGGCUUGUUUUGUCCAAAUUCGACGUUGCAGGGCAUCUCCUCAAAUGGGCAGUGGAGCUUGGCGAGCACGACAUACGGUACAUACCUCGGACCGCCAUUAAAGCCCAGUCCGUGGCCGACUUUAUCGCAGAGCUGACCCCGACCACAGGCGAAGAACCCGAACCACCUCGUGAGACAUGGACUCUCCACGUAGACGGAUCAGCCAACGCAAAGGGCGCCGGCGCAGGGCUGGUGCUGGUUACACCUGACGGUUGCUCAGUCGAGCGUUCCCUCCGCUUCAGGUUCAGAGCCACCAAUAACGAAGCAGAAUACCAAGCUCUCCUGGCGGGACUCCAAUUGGCACUGGAGAUGCAGGUGUCCGACAUACACGUCCUCACCGACUCGCAACUGGUGGCCGAGCAGCUCGGCGGCGGGUACGAAGCCCGGGACCCGACCAUGGCGAAAUAUCUGGCACAAGUAAAAAACCUUGCCACCAAGUUCGCCCAUUUUGAAUUGUUAAGAGUUCCCAGGAGCGAGAACCAGAGAGCCGACACUCUGGCAAAACUGGCAUCUGGUUCGGCUCCCUAG